AUGCCAUCGUGCGAUGGAAAUGGCCAGCCAAAGCGCUCUGGUGCCCUAUCGUACUUGAAAUCAUACGCGAGGCGAUUUUCAAGCGGGUACUCGCCACAGCCCACGUCUGGCUCGAGCUCCACAAAUGGAGCUCAUGGUCUGCAUCGCGCGUUUAUCGCUCUGGGUAGCAAUGUAGGAGAUCGUGUUGAGAUGAUUGAAAAGGCUUGUCUUGAGCUGGACCGAGCCAAUAUUAAAGUGAAAAGAACAAGCUCACUCUUUGAAACGACUCCGAUGUAUGUGCUUGAGCAAGACACAUUUCUCAAUGGAGUCUGCGAGGUUGAAACAACCCUCGCACCAAUGGAGCUUUUGGACGCGUUGCAAUCUAUUGAGAUUGAGCUUGGCCGAAAAAAGCUGAUCGAUAAGGGCCCACGUUCAAUCGAUUUGGACAUAUUAUUGUACGAUCAAGAGGUUUUUGCUCAUGAACGCCUCAAAGUUCCACAUAACCUGAUGUUGGAGCGUGAUUUUGUGCUUCGACCUCUUUGCCAAUUAAUACCCCAUGAGCGAACACCCCUACCUGGGAAGAAUUCACUUACAUAUAGCGAGCAUCUCAAAGCUCUCCCACCUCCAGAGCCAACACCGUACUCAAUGACACCAAUCUCACCAUGUUUCCCCAAUCUCUACGCAACAGAUCCAAAGCGCAUCACCCACGUUAUGGCCAUUCUCAACUUGACUCCGGACUCUUUCUCUGACGGUGGAACCCACUCCCCAUCAGAUUUCACCCAACUUACCGAAACAGUUCGCACCUUUAUUGCCCAGGGCGCAACCAUCAUCGACGUCGGUGGCGAAAGUACCCGUCCUGGCUCAACACCAGUUGGAGCCGAGGAGGAAAUAGCCCGAGUUGUGCCCGCAAUUCAACAUAUUCGCAAUAACAUCCCCGAAGCCUCCAACAUUGCCAUCAGCAUCGACACUUACCGCGCUGUCGUGGCCGAGGCAGCCUGUGUCGCCGGCGCAGACAUCAUCAACGAUGUCUCUGCUGGCCUCCUGGACCCAGAAAUGCUUCCGACAGCAGCAAGUCUCGGCAAAUCCAUCAUCCUAAUGCACAUGCGUGGAACACCACAAACAAUGACAGAACUUCACGACUACCCCAAUGGCGUCAUCCCUGAAGUCAGUGCCGAGCUUCGCUCCCGUGUAGCAGCCGCUGAAGAUGCAGGCAUCCGUCGCUGGCGCAUCAUUCUUGACCCCGGCCUCGGAUUCGCAAAGCAACAGCCCCAGGAUUUGGAGAUUUUGCGUGAGUUAUCUGCUCUGCGUGAAGCCGAGGGACUGGAGUGUCUGCCGUGGCUUAUGGGCCCAAGUCGUAAGCGAUUUAUUGGGAACAUCACAGGAGUGAAGACCCCCAAAGAGCGCGUCUGGGGCACUGCUGCGACUGUUUCGGCUAGUGUAGCCGGCGGUGCUGAUAUCGUGCGCGUUCAUGAUGUCCGAGAGAUGUGGCAGGUUGCGAAGGUUGCUGAUGCGAUCUAUCGUGUCUAG